AAAAAAAAAAAAAAAAAAAUCACUUUUUGGCCCAAGUCGGAAGUCAUUUGCUUCUGACUUUGGGGUGUGUAGGUGUGUGUUCUCCCCAUCCCCUUUAUGGCCAAGCGGACCUGGGUUCUAAAUCCAGCCACUUACUUAGGUAGGUAUGGUGACCUUGGCUGAGUUAUUUAACCUCCCUAAACUUGUUUUCUCAUCUGUAAAGUGGGGGAAUGUUCUCUACUUGGAAGGAUUGUUGUAAGGUUUAAUGCUGACGCGUGUCUCACACUCUGGUGUGGGCUCAGUAAGGGAAGGAGGGGCACCUGAAUGCUGGUGCAGAAGAGGGACUGGGGCGCAGGAGGAAGGCACCGGCUUAUAAUGGGCUGCAACAGUGGCUCUCAAAUCUGAGUGGGCAUCCGAAUCACCCUGUAGUUUCAGAUUCUUCUGGUCUGGGGUGGGGCUUGAGAACUUGCAUUUCUGAGUUUCCAGGCGAUGCUGCUGCUGCCACCGCUGGUCUGGGGACCACACUUUGAGAACCCCUGGGCUACAGGCUGCUGACUUGAGUAAACCAAUAGAUAAAAGGAUAUACAAAGGAACACAGCCUACUUGUCAUGACUUCAACCACCUAACAGCCACAGCAGAAAGUGUCUCUCUCCUAGUGGGCUUUUCCGCAGGCCAAGUCCAGCUUAUAGAUCCAAUCAAAAAAGAAACUAGCAAACUAUUUAAUGAGGAAAGACUAAUAGACAAGUCACGCGUAACCUGUGUCAAAUGGGUUCCCGGUUCGGAAAGCCUUUUCCUAGUAGCCCAUGCGAGCGGGAACAUGUACUUGUAUAACGUGGAGCACGCUUGUGGCACCACAGCCCCCCACUACCAGCUUCUGAAGCAGGGCGAGAGCUUUGCCGUACACACUUGCAAGAGCAAAUCCACGAGGAACCCUCUCCUUAAGUGGACAGUGGGCGAGGGGGCCCUCAACGAGUUUGCUUUCUCCCCAGAUGGCAAGUUCUUGGCCUGCGUGAGCCAGGACGGGUUUCUGCGGGUGUUCAGCUUUGACUCGGUGGAGUUGCACGGCACGAUGAAGAGUUACUUCGGAGGCUUGCUGUGUGUGUGCUGGAGCCCGGACGGCAAGUACGUCGUGACGGGCGGCGAGGACGACCUGGUGACCGUCUGGUCUUUCGGAGACUGCCGAGUGAUCGCUCGAGGCCACGGGCACAAAUCCUGGGUCAGUGUGGUCGCAUUUGACCCCUAUACCACGAGCGUGGAAGAAAGCGACCCCAUGGAGUUUAGUGGCAGUGACGAGGACUUCCAGGACCUUCUUCAUUUUGGCCGAGACCGGGCGAACAGUACACAGUCCAGGCUGUCCAAACGGAACUCUGCUGAGAGCCGCCCCGUCAGUGUGACGUACCGGUUCGGCUCGGUGGGCCAGGACACACAGCUCUGCCUCUGGGACCUGACGGAAGACAUCCUUUUCCCUCACCAGCCCCUCUCGAGAGCAAGGACACACACAAAUGUCAUGAACGCCACGAGCCCUCCUGCCGGCAGCACGGGGAACAGUGUCACGACGCCGGGCAACUCCGCGCCCCCGCCCCUGCCCCGCUCCAACAGCCUCCCCCAUUCCACCGUCUCCAACGCCAGCAGCAAGAGCAGCGUGGCCGAUGGUGCCAUCGCUUCUGGGGUCAGCAAAUUCGCGACGCUCUCCCUGCACGACCGGAAGGACAGGCACCAUGAGAAAGACCACAAGCGAAACCAUAGCAUGGGACACAUUUCUAGCAAGAGCAGCGACAAACUGAACCUCGUUACUAAAACCAAAACGGACCCAGCUAAAACCCUGGGGACACCCCUGUGUCCUCGGAUGGAAGACGUUCCCUUGUUAGAGCCGCUCAUCUGUAAAAAGAUAGCACAUGAAAGACUGACUGUGUUAAUUUUUCUUGAAGACUGUAUAGUCACUGCUUGUCAGGAGGGAUUUAUUUGCACAUGGGGAAGGCCUGGUAAAGUGGGUUUAUUGUCAUCCCAAAACCAGGCCAGCUCUCCAGGUGGAACCGUAGUGUAGUGGCCCGCCCCCGCUUGAGAACCCUCGCCCUGACGCGACCCUGAGGGAGCUACAGACGGAGACAGAAACGUGGACACUCGCCGGAGGCGGCAGUCACCCAGAGUCGCAUGCGAGGACCUGUGGGCCUGCUCGGAAGGGUGCUCUCUGCCAUUCACCCAAAGAAGCUGUUCCCAUUUUUAAAUCAUUCUUUCGGAGCUGCAGUAAAAAAUAAGAGGAUUUUCUUGCUUUUUACUCAGAAGUUCAGUGUAAUUAAUAUCAUAUAUAUAUUAUAUAUAAAAUAUACAUAUAAAAAUAUAUAAUCUAUACAUAUAUACAUAGUGUAAAAUAAAAUAUUUCUUGGACAAAAAGUCCGCUUAAACUCAAGUGUUAUAAAUAGUACUUCACUCUUUUUGCACUGACGUUUUUAUACAUAGGUGGUCAGAGACAACCUGGAAUGCACUCAUGAAGAAAGCUGUUGCUUUCUGACUUAAAUCUGUCAUUCAGGAAGAUGGAUGCUGCAAUCAUAGAUUUUUACAAAUUGCACUUAAAAUAGUUUAAUGCUAUUAGGGAAUUACUUUAAAUAUGGGUCUCACAGACUCACGGCCCUACAGGGUGUGAAAUGCUCUUUUUAAUCUUAACAUUUAUUUUAAUACCGUUGUUUUCAAUGCAGUCAGCUCUGUAUUUAUAUGUAUAAAUGAUGUGUUUCUGCUACUGGGGACAUGGUUACUUCACCAGUAAUUUCCAUCAUUUAUGAGUGAUAUUUCUAAUUCACGAAAAAAAUUAAUAUUAAAACUAUCUUGAAUAUAC